GCCGACUUGCCGGGGUUGAUCACCGGAGCCGCAGAGCACAACAAAGGUCUCGGUGCACAGUUUCUCAGCUUAGUCGCUGACUGUCGAUUGCUCGCCUACGUGGUGGAUGUGGGUACACUAUGGCUUAGCGGAGAAGCACAUCCUAAUAUAACGGACCGAGCAACAUGGCUUAAAGAUCAGAUUAUCCAGCAGUUGGCUAUGCUUCAGCACGAACUGGGCACGUUCGAUUCAAAACUUACGGACCGACGAAGGUGCUUGGUCGUAGGUUCCAAAAUGGAUCUUGUGGUUCCGUAUAUGAAUGAUUCCAAUGGGCGACACAAUUUGUGGAGUACGGUGCAGAAAGCAAUAAACAAAGCUACAUUAGACAUGGGUUUGCUGGAUGCAACUAAUCUCGACCGUGUUUUACUCAUCUCAGCUCGUCGAGGGGACAAUAUAGAUGCUCUGGUGCGAUGCAUUCAACAACAUGUGCGAGACAUUUGUAAAAUGAGUAAUGACGAAUCAUCAUAA